CGCGGGAAGGCGGCGAAGGCGGAGGUCGAGCGACGCGCGGGCGGCGCGUCGACGUCGACGUCGCGGGGACGGGCGCGUGGGAAAGAGCGCGCGGAGACGGAGCAGGUGAAGCGGAAGCGAGGGAAGGGGGAUGGGACGGGUGAGAGAGGGAGUGGGGUCACGGGACGGAAGAAUCCGCGCGGCGCGGCGCGUUUGCGGUGGACCCCGGAGCUGCACGCGGAGUUUUUAAAAGCCGUGCAUCAGCUCGGGGGGUUAGAGCUGGCGACGCCGAAAGGGAUCGCGACGCUCAUGACGACGAGCGGGAUGACGCUGCAACAUAUAAAGUCGCACUUGCAAAAGUAUCGAUUACAAGAGCUCGGCGGGGCGACGCGAACGCCCGCGGGGGACGACACCGCGGAGCGCGCGCGACGAGCGAUGAUCAAGCGCGCGCGACAGGAGCAGGCGGAGGAGUUGGCGCGACGCGCGAGUUCUGGAGAUUUGGCCGCGUACGAAGCCGCGUCGACGCCGACGUCGGCGGGAAAUCUGAGCGAGCUCAUACAUUCACAGUUCGCGUCGCCCGACGCAACACCAGAUGAGCGAUCGCUCGACGCCAUCUUGGCGCGCGCGUCUACCGAUCCCGUCAGCGCCUCCGCCGCGCUCGGCGCCUCCUUGGGCGUCGACGUGAACGACGUAGACAUCAAAUCCAUGCCCAAGGUUGGCCAAGCGCUCCUGAAACAGCUCGAGAUGCAAAAGCAGCUCCACGACCAGCUGCUCACGCAGCGUCGGUUGGAGACCGCGAUCGCCGAGCACAGCAAGUACAUCGCGAGCAUGCUCGCCGGCGAUACCCCGCCCAGGUCCUGA